ACUAUAUAACUUCUAAGAAAAUAAUAAUAAUGUUUUAAAUUCAUCAAUCUCUUCGUAAUUAACAAAAACUUACUCAAAAUCUAAGUGCAAACAAUAAAUUAAAAAAAUCACAGUACGGAGAAUCAAUAAACCUCCUUAUAAAUUACACUUCUUGAAGAAUUCUUGUUAGCUGCCUGGCAGCAAGUGCUAAAAAUAAAACUUUUUAUUUUUAUAACUCAAGAAGUCAAUGUGUAAGACAAAGAUAAUAACGUGAUUGGUACUCAAACAUGGCGUUAAAAAAUUAAAGAAAGAUUACAUUCCAGAAUCCUACAAAAUUAUCAUCAAACAAAAAAUUUUAAUUCAACGACGAUAUGCGUGAAUAACAGUUGCCUACGUCAAACAUUUGAGAAAAAAAGCAUCUCGACACGAUUAACUGUAAAAACGAGCAAAAAGAAGGAACACAUAUAGGUAUCCUGCGACCAACGUAAGCCGGAAAAGCGGCGCUCCGGCAAAGCUCUCCCACGCACGCUGCACUUGGCAUAUAAAAAAAACAAGAAAAAAGAAACUCACUCUCCAGACGCUGCGCGAGGUCGUCCUGGCAAAGGCCGUUCCAUCGUUGAUAUUGAGACUGACAUAAUCAGCCUUAGCCAGGUCUCUCGGCGAAAACAUGACUCCUGCUCAGUCUUAGCCACUUUUCCGGUCAAGCUCUCGAGCCGUGGAAGGUCGAAGGUCUAGGUUAGCUCCGGUUUUUCCUUCCUGUCCUUCAGUCAAAAAUCACCGCAGACCGCACGAGCUCUUAACGAGCUACCGCGUCGUCCACGUGGCAGAGGCCGACGACGACGUGGAGGCUCAGCUGCUGCGGCGAGUCGUCGCGUCAAGUGGAGGCCGGGACAUCGUCGUCGCCUACUCUACUGCUGAUGCUCGCAGCUUUUAUCUCAACGCAUUCCUACUCGAGCGCGCCAGUCGCCAGAUGGCCUGUCAACAGCUGAUCUGGCUUGAUACCUUCAUACCUUGCGGAUGCACUCUGAAAAUAUAACCUCAAAAAACAACGUUAUUGUGUGUAGCGUGAGAGAACACCCGGUACAACAAAUAAAACACAAAAAAUGGCAUUAACUUCUUCAAAUUCAUCAGGAAUUCCUGACAAGCACUGGCAACCUCCAUUUGUAUCCCUAGAAACAACGAUGGGAGAAAUAGUUAUUGAACUGUACUGGAAACAUGCGCCAAUAACUUGCAGAAACUUUGCAGAACUAGCAAGAAGAGGAUAUUAUAAUGGAACAAAGUUUCACAGGAUAAUCAGAGACUUCAUGAUUCAAGGUGGAGACCCUACAGGAACAGGCAAAGGAGGAACUUCUAUUUAUGGAGAAUGUUUUGAUGAUGAAAUUCAUGAUGAUCUCAAGCACACGGGUGCUGGAAUUUUAUCAAUGGCAAAUUCUGGACCUGACACAAAUGGAUCGCAAUUUUUUAUUACCUUGGCUCCAACACAGUGGUUGGAUGGCAAACAUGCAAUAUUUGGAAGAGUUCAUACUGGUAUGGCAAUUGUCAAAAGAAUAGGACUCGUAGAGACGGAUAAAAAUGAUAGACCAAUCGAUGAUGUAAAGAUAACAAAAGGAUCCAUUAAAAAUAUGUGAACAGUAUAUAUGAAUAGUUUUUAUUUUUGUACAAAAUCAGAAAAUCAUUAAUAAAUAAUAGAUCUUUUAGUA